AUGAAAACAUACACCAUCCCAAUCCUCACCCCCGAACUCCUCAUCAUCUUCGCCACCACCCCAUGCAACGACGCCGCCCACCAACACCAAGACCUCGACGCCAACUCCCCCCUCACCUGCCCAACCAGCAAAACUCUCCUCCUCCGCGACGACGCCUCCUUCGCCGUCGUACACUCCUGGCCGUUCAUCAAACCCGGCUACACCUUCCGCGGACCGAGUAAAGGGUCCAGGGAGGUUCUGCUCAGGAUGCGGACACAUGGGAAUGCGUGCGUGCCGAGUUAUCUACCGGAGCAGACGCGGAGGUGUGAGAGGAAGAAGCUGGCGGAAGUCGAGAGGUGUCGGACACACAUGAGGUAUGGGUUGGAGGUGAAGCCUCCUGCGGAGGGGGAGUAUGAUCAUGAGGAGGAUGGGUAUGGUGUUGUGCCGGACACAUGCCAAUUUGAUGAUGAAUACGGGAACCUCUGUCUGGCCACGGAAGACGAUGAAAAGGAGCAGGCCGUGCAGCAGGCAAGACAGCAAGCCGAACAGCUGAGGCCUAGGCAAUCGAAGAGGACGAUCCUUUACGAAGAGCGACAGCGGCGAAAGGAGGAAGAGAAGUGGGUUGUAGUGGAGGACGAUGGCGCAGAGGAAGAUCGAGACUGGGAGAUUCUCGAUCGAGAGCAGGUCCAGGAGGACUACUGGGAGGAUUACUUCGAGUUCAAUGGGUGUAUCAUGGGAGCCGGGGCGAGCGCAAGCAUGUGA